ACCAGGUGUGGCCACUAGCCUAUAUGAAGGCCCAAAAUUGUGUGUUCCUUUCUGCUCUGACAAUGGCAUGCCCAUUCGUGCGAGAUGUGGUGGAUGAAGAAGCACUUGUGCUGAGGAGAGCCUUCAGGCGAGAAAGGGUCUUCAGGGACCGGUUGGACCCACUGGCCUUCCCUGAUGACUAUCUAUAUGAAAGAUACAGGUUUUCUGCAGAUGGCAUCAGGUAUCUAUGCAGACUACUGGGUCCCAGGAUUAAGCACCGCACUGCACGGAGCCAUGCACUGAGUGUGGAGCAAAUGGUUUGUGUGGCCUUGCGCUUUUUUGCUAGUGAAGCCUUCCUGUACUCAGUGGGGGAUGCAGAACAGCUGAACAAGGCCACAAUUUGCCGCACAAUAAGGAGUGUGUGUCUGGCUAUCAAAGCAUUAGCAGAUGUCUUCUUCUCCUUCCCUGGCCACAGAAGACUCUGUGACAUCAAAGAGGAGUUCUAUAGGAUUGCAGGUUUCCCCAAUGUCAUUGGUGCAGUGGACUGCACACACAUAAGGAUAAAAGCCCCCUCAGGUGCCCAUGAGGCCGAUUUUGUGAAUAGGAAAUCCUUUCACAGCAUUAAUGUUCAGAUGGUCUGCAAUGCUGACUGUGUGAUCAGCAAUGUUGUGGCAAAAUGGCCUGGCUCAGUCCAUGACUCCAGAAUCUUUCGGGCCUCUGAAAUCUAUCAGUGCCUAUCACAAGGUGAAUUCUCUGGUGUGUUGCUGGGAGACAGGGGGUAUGGCUGCCAGCCUUUUCUCCUGACACCUUUCACAGACCCCCAGGAAGCACAGCAGGCCUACAACCAUGCCCAUGCCAGGACCAGGGCCAGAGUUGAAAUGACCUUUGGCCUCCUGAAGGCACGCUUUCACUGCCUUCACAAAUUAAGGGUCAGCCCUGUUAGGGCAUGUGAUAUUACUGUGGCUUGUGCUGUCCUCCACAAUGUGGCCUGCCUGAGGAAGGAGAGGGCCCCCAGAGUGCCACCAGCCAUGGACUGGGACAAUCCGGCAAUCUUCCCUGAUGACGACAGUGGUCGGCUGCUGAGGGACCAAUAUGUGUUGAAUUAUUUUAGUUAGUAUGUGUGCUUUCAAUUUUGGUUAAAUAUGUCCUGCGGUGGCAGAGGAAUUUGGG